AAAUAACAUUAUUUUUCUAUAUGUCAAUGUUCAUUAGUUGUUACAUGAAUUCUAUGUUUUCAGUUUCAUUAAUUCUUUGUCAAAUAUGAAUGGAUUUUUUGAUCAUUCUUGAUUGAUCUGUGUAACAGGAAAUUAAAAAGAUGGAAGGUGGAACAGUGUUUUCCCCAGCUCUGGAAGGAAUGAAGCAUGUCAAGUCUGAAAAUGGUGACUUGCUCACCAAGCAAUUCCUAGAUGUCUGCAAACUCAUCUUGCCUAUCCUAGAUAAAUUUGGAGCUGCCAUGGCUGUGGUGAAAUCUGACAUUGGUGGGAACAUUUCAAGGUUGGAAUCGAAAUAUGGGACGAAUCCAACCAGAUUCAACUACUUGUACAGUUUCGUACAGGCAGAAAUCGAAACAAAAACUGCAAAAUCAUCAUCCAGUUGCACCAAUGGUCUUCUCUGGCUCACAAGAGCAAUGGAUUUCAUCGUGGAGCUGUUUCGCAACCUGGCUCUGCAUCAGGACUGGUCUAUGUCACAAGCCUGCACUGAUUCCUACUCCAAGACCUUGAAGAACUUUCAUGGUUGGCUCGCGAGCUCAAGCUUUUCGGUUGCAAUGAAGCUUGCACCAGAUAGGAAGAAGUUCAUGGAGGUGAUGGGUGGAAGUGGGAACAUCAAUGCGGAGAUGGAGAAGUUCUGCACAACGUUUUCACCAAUACUUCAAGAGAUCCACAAAUUUUUGGCCAGCGUUGGCGUGGACGAUAUGAAAGCUUCAUGAUGGACUUCAUUAUUUUCUUCUUCAAGUAGACAUUUAAUUUUAUUCUAGCUAGAUCCAUUUUAUAUUCAUUGGGCUUCUAUUUUAUUGAAAUAUUCUAGAAUACUAUAUGAUAUGAUACUUUGUAAAGAGCAAAAUAGGUUAAUAACGUCAAAUGAAAAUAUUGGAUAUU